CCUUGGCGGGUGAUCUAAUAUGGAUUGGUCCUAAACCGGACUCACAGUAGCGGGAGACUCCGUAGGUGGUGAUGGACCACGGCUGCUCCCUUGGUGCGGCCGAGGGACGGCGUGCGGAGACCAAUCGAACGAUAGUGACAAUCCCACAGUCACCUUCUACUGCAACAAGCACUCUUGGGGGCCUUGAGGCAGUAUUCUCUAUGACCAGCCUCGCAUCUUAGCUUAUACACAGCAUCCUUUGUGUUCGGGACAUAGCGCGGGCACUAAUAUACGGCCUCGGCCUGAUACAUCGAUUCAAGCACGCUCAGCCUCUAAUAUUUUCUGAUCCAACACGAGAAGAAAAAAUGACGAACAUCGUUGUUAUCGGCGCCGGUGUGUCUGGCAUCACAUCGGCCUACCUGCUGUCGAAGCAGAAGGGCAAUGUCAUCACAGUCGUAGCCAAGCACAUGCCGGGCGACUACGACAUCGAGUACGCGUCGCCGUGGGCCGGCGCGAAUGUUCUACCAAUGUCCCAUGAGAAGGACAGCCGGUGGGAGCGCCGCACCUGGCCCGAGAUAAAACGUCUCGCCACCGAGGUGCCCGAAGCCGGGAUCCAUCUGCAGCAGACCAUCCUAUACCGGCGGGAGAAGGAUCUCGAGGAGAUACGCAAGGGGGGCUACAACUUCGACGGCCUGUUCGCCGAGGACCCGUGGUACAAGACGCUGUUCGACAACUACCGGGAGCUGGGGCCGUCGGAGCUGCCGGCGGGGGUGGCGUCGGGGUGCGAGUUCGGGUCGGCGUGCAUCAACGUGAUGCUGUACCUGCCGUGGCUCGUGGGGCAGUGCCGGGCGAACGGGGUGGUGUUCCGGCGGGGGCGGGUCGGGCACGUGGCGGAGGGCGCGGGGCUGCACCACACGGGGGCGGCGGCGGACGUGGUGGUGAACGCGACGGGGCUGCUGGCGUCGCAGCUGGGCGGGGUGCGCGACGCGGCGGUGGUGCCGGUGCGCGGGCAGGUGGUGGUGGUGCGCAACGAGGCGCCGCACAUGGCGGCGGUGUCGAGCGCGGGCGACGCCGCCGCCGAGGCCGACGGCGAGGUCACCUACGUGAUGACGCGCGCGGCCGGCGGCGGCACCGUCCUCGGCGGCACCUACCAGCGCGGCCGCUGGGAGAGCCAGCCCGACCCCAACUGCGCCGCCCGCAUCCUGCGCCGCGCCGUCGCCCUCGUCCCCGGCCUCGUCCCCCCCGGCGCCGGCCCCGAGGCCCUCGACAUCGUCCGCCACGGCGUCGGCCUCCGCCCCUACCGCGACGGCGGCGCCCGCGUCGAGCGCGAGAACGUCGCCGGCGUCUGGGUCGUGCACAACUACGGCCACGGCGGCUGGGGCUACCAGGCCUCGUACGGCUGCGCCGAGGACGUCGUCGCACUGGUGGGCGAGAUCGCCGCGCUCGCGUGAGGACGUGGUGGCCUAUAUAUAUAUAUCUACGCUACCCAGGUCGGCGCACUAGCUGGUUUGUGUUCCUGUCUACGUGUGGUAGGUAGGCCCUGUUGGAGGCAGGUUGAGAGGUUGAACGUCACGGGGCAGAGGGGUAAACUGGCACACAUCUAAGGGUCUGUUCACCAUCUGCCUAUUCAAAAGAAAAUAUUUCUGAUGCAUAAACGGAAAUAUUUCUGUGUCAGUCUUAAGUACCGCAGAUAUCUAGGAGGUAGGCAUGUGUAGGUGGGUGGGUGAGCUGUAGAUGUAGGGGUCAAGGAUAUCCCAGGUAUGGAGACAGCGACAGGUGUCAAAAACUAGUGCCAGCUGUCACAGGAUCACAAUCUAGCAUGUGUGAUGUACUUGACAAUGCCUCUGACAG